GCGGCGGCUCCAAUCAGCGGCCCCGGGGCUCUUGGCAGCCGGAGCCGCCGCCGCUCCGCAUUCCUCCGGCUUCCCAAAAGGGGCGAACAUGGCGAUGGGCAGGAUGAGGUGAAGAGGAAGAGGAGGAAAACAUUAAAUUAGGAAAAAAAAAAAAAAAAAGAAGAAGAAGAAAGGAAAAGAGGGGGGAAAAAUAGAUAGAGCAGGGGGAGAGGAAAAUGAUGAAAAGGGAAAUAUAAGGGAUAAAAAGGAAAAGAGGGACGGGGAUGCAAGCAGCGCUGGCGCGGUGAUUUCCUCCCCCCCUCCUCCUCCAAAAGGCGAAAAAAAAGGAAAAAAAAAACCAGAAAUAAGGAAGCCAAAAGAAAAAAAAGGAAAAAAAAAAGCCACCAAACCAGCAACCCACCCAACCCACCAAUUCCUUGUUUUUUUCAUGGAGAGCACAAACCCCAGGCCAGCGGAGGAGGACCGGGACUCCUCAGCGCGGAGACCUUUGCAUCAAAAUGCUGAUAGUCGAAAAAACGACUGACUACCCUUCGGCUGAGUACUCCCUGGUGGAGGAUGUAGCCCUCCACUUCACGUGUUUGAUGGACAGACUGAACGAGCAGCGCCUCUUUCAGCCAGACCUCUGCGACGUGGACAUCGUGCUGGUGCAGCACAAGAGCAUCUUCCCGGCGCACAAGGGGGUCCUGGCAGCCUACAGCCAGUUCUUCCACUCCCUCUUCACCCAGAACAAGCAGCUGCAGCGCGUGGAGCUCUCUCUGGAGGCCCUCACCUCGCAGGGCCUCCAGCAGAUCCUCAACUUCAUCUACACCUCCAAGCUGCUCGUCAACUCCUGCAAUGUGCAGGACGUGCUGAACGCGGCCGCCGUGCUGCAGAUGAACAACAUCGCGUCCUCCUGCCAGGACCUGCUGGACACACGCUCGCUCAGCCUGGCCACCGACAUGGCCCUGCCCGCCGAGGGCUGCGCCGGACCCCCGCCCUACUACUGCGAGAUCAAGCAGGAGGUGGAUGCCCCCCACCCCAAAAUCUACGCCCGGGAGGGCAACGACCCCUUCUCGGUGCGGGUGGAGGAUGGGACGGGCAGCGGGACGCUCCCCCCCGGCCCGGCCAAGCAGUACUACAAGGAGGAGAAGGAUGGAGGUCCUGGUGCUGUCUGUAAGAUGGAGGGUGAGGAGUCUGAGGAGGACCUGGACAGCCAGGGCUCCUACAACCGGGAGCAGAUCAUCGUGGAGGUGAACCUCAACAACCAGACCCUCAACGUCUCCAAGGGCACGGAGGGGAAGGCGGCCGCCAGCGAGGCGGCCGUGAUGGGGCGGCCGGACGGGGAUGGGCGCAACACGGAGGAGGAUGGGGAGGAGGAGAAUGAGGAAGGGGAGGAGGAGGAGGAAGAGGAGGAGGAUGCGGAGGUGGGGGAGGAGGAGGAGGAGGAGCGCAGCGAGGAGGAAGAUCUGGAGGAGACGACGGAAGAGGAGGACGAUGAUGAUGAAGAUGCCUCAGAGAUGAAAAGGGAAAAGAGCGGGCAGCCCCGCAGGGGCAGCCGGGCAUCCAAAGCCACUAAACCUGCCAUGGCAACCAGGUCCCAGGAGAUGGCCAAGGUGGAAGAGGAGGAGGAGGAGGAAGAAGAAGGCCAGAGGGGAAGGAAGAGAAAGAAAGAACAAGAUGGCUUGGGCCAGAAGGUGAAGCUGGAGGAGAAGCAGCAUUAUCCGUGCAAGAAGUGUCCCCGGAUCUUCAACAACCGCUGGUACCUGGAGAAGCACAUGAACGUCACGCACAGUCGGAUGCAGAUCUGCGACAAGUGCGGGAAGCGCUUCCUGCUGGAGAGCGAGCUCCUGCUGCACCACCAGACCGACUGUGAGAAGAACAUCCAGUGUGUGACGUGUGGGAAGGGGUUCAAGAAGCUCUGGUCUCUCCACGAGCACAACAAGAUCGUCCAUGGCUAUGCGGAGAAGAAGUUCUCCUGUGAGAUCUGCGAGAAGAAGUUCUACACCAUGGCCCACGUGCGCAAACACAUGGUUGCGCACACCAAGGACAUGCCCUUCACCUGUGAGACCUGCGGGAAGUCCUUCAAGCGCAGCAUGUCCCUCAAGGUCCACUCGCUCCAGCACUCCGGGGAAAAGCCUUUCAAAUGUGAGAACUGCAACGAGCGCUUCCAGUACAAGUACCAGCUGCGCUCCCACAUGAGCAUCCACAUCGGCCACAAGCAGUUCAUGUGCCAGUGGUGUGGCAAGGACUUCAACAUGAAGCAGUACUUUGAUGAGCACAUGAAGACGCACACGGGGGAGAAGCCCUACAUCUGUGAGAUCUGCGGGAAGAGCUUCACCAGCCGCCCCAACAUGAAGCGGCACCGCCGGACCCACACCGGGGAGAAGCCGUACCCCUGCGACGUCUGCGGCCAGCGCUUCCGCUUCUCCAACAUGCUCAAGGCCCACAAGGAGAAAUGUUUCCGCGUCACCAACCCCCUGGCUUCGGACACGGCCGUCCCCCAACCCGCCACCAGCCCGGCUCCGCUGCCCCCCGGCCCCGGCGUCUCCCCCCUGCCCCUGCCGCUGCUCCAUCCUCUUCCACAGACCCUCCCUCCUCCUCCUCACCUACCACCACCCCCUCCCCUGUUUCCCGCGGGGAGGAUAAAUUCAAACAACAAUUAGGUGCCCUUCCCCCACCCCGGCCAUGCGCCUGCACGGACUGCUCUGCCCUUCGGGAACGCCUUUCCCCCGGGGAGCCAAGGCUUUGCUUGCUCUCUACCCUGCCUUCCUCCUCGUUUUGGGGUUGUUUUUGGGUUUUUAUUCCUUUUUCUCACCCGUCAUUCUCUGCAGAGAGGGGGAGCAGGAGGAAGCCUCCCCCCGAGGAACAUGGGUGUUGGGGGGAAACCGCCGUCCGUCCGUAAGGGUGUAGGUAAAAGGUGUCACUCUCAGUUUCAUCUUCCCACACGCUGGCAUCACCUUCCUGCUGGGAUGCUGGUGAGGCUGGGAGGAGCAGGAUAUCCGGGCUUGAGCUUGCUGGCCGGUGCAUCAAUAAUUCGAAGCCGAAUCCUAGUUAGUGGUGCUUGAAUCCCUGUACUGUAAAGCUGGUCUUUCAAGUCAGGCUCUUCACCCACGGGGUUGGAAGGUGGGCACCCCAGGGGAGCCCGCCACUGCCAGCCCCAGUGGCCUGUGGCAAGCGAGCAGGUGUCCCCUUUGGAAAGCCAUGAGCAUGCCCUUGUUAGCAGCCCUCGACACGUCUUCCUUCCCUACAGCAGGUUUUCCUCCUCCACAGGCAAAAGCACAAACACCCGCCUUGCAUCUCGGGGCAUCUGCAGCUCGCUGUCGGUUCAGUUCCGGGGUGCCCUAAGGGAGCUGGGUUCUGGUGUGCCCUUUCUGCUAAUCCCAGCAGGAGCUGGGCUCCUGGGGAUGCUCUGGAGCUGGGGAGCUGUUCCUGGGAGAGCUCAGGUACCUUUGGGACCGGCAGGAGGGUAGCCUGGGUCAGAGGAGCAGGACGCUUCUGUUUCUCAGCAGAAUCGGCCCAGAAUAGUGCCUUAACAAUCUGAACAAAGCCCUGAGGGAUGGGUGAGCUCCAGGUCGGUCCCACUGCAAGGUUCAGAGCUAAAGCAGGACCACGUUCAGCCUGGGGAUGAUGAUGUCCCAAUCUCCAGUUUGUUGCCUGCUUUGCUUUCCCAAGCUUUGCUUCUCCUUGUGGUGCUGGCAUCUGUUGCCCUGUCCUGGUUUGGGGGGGGCAGAGGGGACCAGUGAGGGUUGUGGUUGCUUUGGUGAUGCCCUGUGGUGUUGCUUAGUGGUUGUUGAAGAUGUUGAAGUCGAGCUGGUCUUUGGUUUCACUUACAAAUAAUAAUACGGCUGGCUUCAUGCUGAGGAGGAGGAGAAGAGGAAGGCUUUGCUGUCACCUUUUUGUUGGGCACUGAGCUCCCAGCAGGGCCUCUCACUGCUGUGCUCUGCCCCAGAGUGCCAUGCAUUGUCCUGACCAUGGCUGUGUGGUCCCUGCCUGGGGAAGUGUCCCCUGUGGAGUCAGAGAGCACCCAGCAUGGGCAGAGAAGGGCUGGCAGGAGGUGGGGGGGUGUUCCAG